AUGGAGGUUAGGAUCAAAGCCCACAAAUUGACAGAAGCGAUUCAAGUGCUGGACCACUUGAUAAAGCUCGAACCUGAAGACUAUGAGUGGCAAUUGCUGAAAGCCAAUGCUCAUAGCUACAUGGGUGAGUUUGAACUCGCUACUAGUAAGUUCGAGGAGAUUUUGGCCGAAGACCCUUUGCGAGUCGAGGCCUAUCAUGGUCUUGUGAUGUUAGCUUGCAAUCCGCCGAGAAACUGGAGAAUGUGGUGA